AUGCUGAAAUUUGAACGGGUGGUUCUUCCACAAUACACACUUGAUUCAAACCUUGUAUUUAUCCCAGGUAUUAUUUACAAUGUCACCUUUCUGCGGUUUAAAGCGGCAGCGUUGUUGAAUCGUUUUCGCUCCCAGUUACCAGACGUUGCUUUGGUGUCAAGUUUACUCCAAGAAUUCGAUUUCAGUCAAGCCCAUGACAAUCAAGAGGACCCCAAAAUUUCCUCUGAAGCCUCUAAUGGUAUCCUUAGCAUUUACCGCCGGGAACAUAAUAUGAAAUCUGGUAAAAUCAACCUGAAUGAUUUUGAUUGGCUUACUUUUGCUAUUCGCCCUAACGAGUCCAAGAUCGUUUACCCUAAGGAAGCGCCAAUCCGUGAUAUCAAUGUGGCAGUUAUUGUGCGGGUUAUUGGAAUAGCUGAUGACACGACAAAUAUCAGACUUACUUUUCAGGCUAUCACGCGGGGGUUCAUUGUCAACAACACACCUACUGUGAAACACAAUGAAAUAAUGGUGGAUGUUCAAUUUGAUACCGAAAUCGCGGACCCUACUGGACAAUUCAAUAUCAUUCGCAAAUCAGUCUACAACUUAUUCAAGGUGAUAGACAUGUUUGUGAUAAACUAUCGAAAGGUCACGGGUUCAAGUUCGCCGAAGGGAACGUUGGUCAUAAAGAAGACACCUCAAAACGAGCAACCUUCCGAAAAGCCUCUUGGGGAUCUUAUAACCUUGAACCCAGUGGCCAAUGCACUUUACAUCCAAUUGGUGGGUAAUAAGGAUUUCGCCAAAGCUUUCACACUGUUACAAAAGCUUUAUGGGCAAUAUAGCCUGGACAACCAAAAUUACGUUGUGGAUUCUAAGUCGCUACUUCGCUUGAUUGACUUAACGGCAGGAGUGUGUCCCUUCCCAAACUAUGAAAAAUUGAGUUUUCUCAAUAUUGAAAAGCCUAAGAAGAGAGUGGAUGAGUUAGUAUUGAUGGUCAAGCGUUUGGAGAAGGUUUUCCUGUCGAUCGAUUCAAAUAAUUCUUAUCUUAAUCAGUGGUUUAAUCAUGAGGCACUGAAUAUUCAGAAAGCUACUGUUGUUGCCAAUCAAUUGAAGCUGAUCAGAUUAGUUCUUGAGGGCAUGACGAACAACAAAAAUUCUCAAACUACACUGGCCACCCGUAACCAAGGAAAGUCGCUUGGUUCUGGUGGGGGAAGCGCAGGGUCUCUUGUGGACGAAGAUGAUCUGGAUGAGGAUGACGAUGAGUUAAAGCAAAUAACUCAAUUCGUGAAGACGCAAUUACCAAAAAUCCAGCUGCUCUCACCUGAACUGAAGAGAUUGAUUGUUAAAGACUACAAACGCAUUAAACUGAACGGAAACCAGCCUGGAGGUGGUAAUCUGGAUUUCCAUGUCAUCAGAAAUUAUCUUGAGAUUGUUGCUGAUUUGCCGUGGGAUCGUUACGUUACGAAAUUCAAACUGAAUAAGGAUAUCGACCUACUUGUCGCCAAGCAGCAAUUGGAUGACGACCACUAUGGACUAGAGCAUGUCAAGAAGCGCCUUAUUCAGUAUCUCGUUGUUCUCAAACUCUUGGCAAUCAACGCCGAAAAAGCGCCAUCUACUAAACCAGUAUCUAGCGCUUCCAGAGAAGAGGAGAACGAUGCAUUUGUAAUUGCCAAUCUGGAUGAAAGUAUAGGCGUUCGUAAGCAAGCUCAGAGCGUCAUUGAAAACAGUUCCAAGCAAGUUGGAGAUGAUAAGGAAUCAAUUGAGGUCUCAAAGUUGAAUAAAUCGCCAAUAAUCAUGUUGGCCGGACCUCCAGGUACGGGGAAGACUUCAUUGGCAAAGCUGAUUGCCCAAACUUUGGGAAGGAAUUUUCAACGAAUUUCGCUCGGUGGUGUAAAGGACGAAAGCGAAAUAAGAGGCCAUCGCCGGACAUAUGUUGGGGCCAUGCCUGGUCUUAUCAUCCAAGCUCUUCGCAAAGCCCGUCUGAUGAACCCAGUUAUUUUGCUUGAUGAAAUUGACAAAGUUGUUGGAGGCAACAACUCACCAGCUUCGAAAUACAACGGUGAUCCUCUGGCAGCACUUUUGGAAGUCUUGGAUCCGGAACAAAAUACACUGUUUAUUGACCACUACCUUGGUUUUCCCGUCGAUUUAUCGCAAGUUAUCUUUGUUUGCACUGCAAAUGAGCCAUACCAAAUGAGUCGUCCACUUCUCGAUCGUCUCGAAAUGAUUGAUAUUGGUGCGUAUGAUUAUCUGGAGAAAUUGGUCAUAGGUAGAAAGUAUCUUUUGCCUCGCCAAUUACGUCGGAAUGGGUUUCCGCUUGACAAUGACGACGAUGUUGAAAAAUUUGUUAGCAUUUCUGAUGACGCUAUGAAGCAGGUCAUUAUUGAUUAUACUCGUGAGGCAGGUGUGCGCAACUUCGAACGGAGACUUGGCACUAUUUGCAGGUACAAAGCUGUGGAAUAUUGUGAGGCUCUUGGCUUGGACGGGAUCAUCUCUGGGUACGAGCCGACAGUUACCGUAACUGAUCUUCCGAAGUAUUUGGGGGUUCCCUACUCAUCAGGGAAUUUAUCUGCCGAGGUCACAACAAGCACGGCGACGCGCGUGGGUAUUGUCAAUGGUUUAUCAUACAACUCAGAAGGGCUGGGCCUGGUGCUUGUAUUCGAGCUGAUUGGGAUUGAUAAGCGCAUCAGCAAUCCUGAUGUCAAAAACACAGGCUGUUCUCUUUCCAUGACGGGUCGACUCGGAGAAGUUUUGAUGGAAAGUGGAAAGAUUGGAUUGAUAUUCAUCAAGCUGUUAAUCUACAAAGGUCUACUUCUGAGUGACAUCGGGAGUCAACGUGAUUUGAUCGAGAAAAUCAACAAUUUGGAAAUAAACCUUCAUGUUCCCAUGGGUCUGAUCCAGAAGGACGGCCCUCUGGCAGGGGUCACGAUGGCGUUACUGUUCUUGUCACUCAUUAUGGACAAACCAGUACCUGCAGAUAUUGCAAUGACGGGCGAGAUUACAUUAAGAGGCCUCGUUCUUCCCAUUGGAGGAGUCAAAGAAAAGUUAUUGGGAGCUCAUCUUACUGGUCAAAUUCGUCGCAUGAUUAUUCCCCGGGAAAACCGCAAGGAUUUAAUUGAGGAAUAUUUGAGAGACAUGGAGGAAGAAGGCAAAAGUCAAUCGCUGGCUGAAAUGAAUGCCUUACUAAAGGACAACGAAGAGCCUCAUUUUACCAUGACUGAGGUUGAAGAGUUUUAUUGCAACAAGUAUGGUAUACAGAUGCACUAUGCCAAAGAGUUUUUGGAUAUAAUGAAAUUGGUGUGGCCGGAUGACGAAGUUGUCAAAGCUGGUGAACGUAUGAUUGAGUAUCAUUUGUGA